AUGUUUUUAAUAUUAUUUACCCUACUUUUCGUUCUGCUGGGCUGUGCCUUUUGGUUCACCAAGACCACCAAAGAAAUGCCCAAAACUUGGUAUGAAUGGAAAACGGAAUUUCGCUAUCAAUACAUUGGCAUGACCAGUUUAUUUGAUGAUUUCAAAUGUAGAUCCGUUGACAGAAUUGAAUUAUAUAAACAACCCAAUCGCAUUGCUGUUAUUACCGGUGGCAAUCGUGGCAUUGGCCUGAGAAUUGUGGAGAAAUUAUUGGCCUGUGAUAUGACUGUUGUUGUGGGUGUACGCAAUCCCAAAUCUGCUGAAGAGGCCAUCAGUAAAAUUGUUGAUUUAAAAUCGACCAAUGGUAAACUUUUGUGUGAAGAACUGGAUGUGGGCAGCCUGAAGUCGGUUCGUGCCUUUGCCCAAAAACUCAAAAGCAAAUAUGAGAAAAUUGAUAUUCUUAUUAAUAAUGCUGGCAUUAUGUUUGCUCCCUAUAAAAUUACCGAUGAUGGUUAUGAAUCCCAUUUUGUGGUGAAUUAUUUGGGGCACUUUUUAUUGCAACAUUUGUUGAUGCCUUUGCUCAAGGCUGCCGGUACUGAGGAGAAACGUGCUCGUAUUGUAAAUGUGUCGUCGUGUGCUCAUUUGGUAGGACGCAUUAACUAUAAGGAUAUUAAUGGAGAGAAAUACUACUCCCCCGGUGAUGCCUAUAGUCAAUCGAAAUUAAGUCAAAUCCUAUCGACACGUCAUUUACAAAAGGUUUUGGAUGAAGAAAAUGCCUAUGUCCAAGUGUUGGCUGUACAUCCUGGUGUUGUUGAUACUGAAUUGUUUGAACACUCCGCUACCACUGCUGUACCAUGGUUCAAUAAGCUGUUGUUUAAAACUCCUGAACAGGGAUCUCGUACUCCCGUCUAUGCUGCCAUAUCACCACGUAUCGAGGGCCAAGGUGGCCUCUAUUUGAGUAAUUGCCGCAAGGGAUCCGUACACCCACAUGUCUUGAAGGCCGACAAAUGUGAACGUUUCUUUAAAUUCACUUGUGAUUUACUUAAAAUUGAACAAUUCGGUUUGGGACAAUAA